AUUUCAUAUUAUUUCCAAAACUAGUUACUACAACAAACAAAACACAUAUAAUGAGUGAGAUAGAAAAAAAGAGAGAGAUGGAGGAUGAGGAGAAGGAGAUGCUUGAUCAUUGGAGCCACAGGCAUCCACUUACUCUGGUGGAUACUACUGGAAGAGAUGAAUGUUAUGGUUGUGAACGUUCAUUUAGUAGCGGAGAGCAAGCUUAUGGGUGCAGCGUCAUGGGAUGCAAGUAUUCGAUGCUAUUACACGAAGAAUGUGCAGCGACGGUGAGAGAGAUACGACAUCCAUUGCACACUCAUCACAUACUCAGCCAACGCCAUGGUCAUGAAUUAUUGAGGUGUAUCUGCAAAAAGUAUAUUUUUACCGUUGGUUACAAAUGUACAAGCUCGGGAUGUACAUUCCAGGUGCACCUGAGAUGCGCGCAGGACGAAGGCGUGACGGAUGCAAGUCACCACAGCCAUGACUUGAAGUUGUUGAGGAGAAGGUGUCCCUUCAAGUGCGAUGCUUGCGGCACCACACGCAGUGAUGGUUCCUAUAUAUGCACCAAAGAUGAUUGCCAAUAUUUGAUCCAUCAAAAAUGUGGUUCCUUGCCUCAAUACUUGAAAAGGGAAGACCAUCAUCACCCUCUUUCUCUCUCUUCUUGCAUCCCACAAGAAUAUUUCAGAUUUAACUACAAAUGUGAUGUAUGCAGCGAAAUUUUGCGCCUCAAAUAUUGGAUAUAUCAUUGUCGAAUAUGUAGGUUUAUUGUCCACGUCAAAUGUGCCUUCAACAAGCCGCCUCCUCCCAUCACUGAUGCAUCCAUCGGGAAAGAUGUAGUCCGUCUUCCAAUGAAUGAGGUGUCCGUGGAACUAAUUACACCUUUUGUGAUGAGACAAAGAGGAGGAGAAGGAGAAACGAAAUUGAUACCACCCAUCAUCAUCCCUGCUGCUGCUGCUAUUGAUGAGUUGGUAAAUGUGAAAUAUAAGUUCCUUCAUCACCAACAUGAGCUCACUUUAGUCUCAUCCACAUCUCAACACCCUCAAAUCAUAGGAGAAGAAGAAGACGAGGAGAAUUAUGGAGUGAGAUCGGAAUUGAUCUGUGAUGGGUGCAUCACUCCUAUAUCAUCAUCAUCAGCAGCAAGAAGUAGUAGUAAAUGCUACUAUUAUAUGAGUUGCAGUGAAUGCAAAUACAAUCUUCACUUGGCUUGCUUUCACAUGCCACCUCAACUCUCCUCACUUCCACUCCACCAACAUGAUGAUCACCAUCUUCUCCUCCAAUCUUGUGACAAACGUCGACCUUGGGAGAUGCAACAUUGCAGUCUCUGUAGGUACGGAACUAAUGGGCUGUUUUACACUUGUACAAAGUGCGACUUCGUAGUUGAUAUCAAGUGUGCUUGUAUGCCGGAUACCAUACACCACGCAGCUCACCCGCAACAUCUCCUCAAGUAUGUGACUAAGUCGGAUCUAUGCAGGGAUAUCAUCUGGUGGAGCUUGACGUGUGCUGCUGGUUGUGGCAAAGACAUAGACGAUUAUGAUUGUUACAGGUGUUGCAGCAACAGCCCAUGUGAUUUCAUUGUGCAUGUCAGAUGCGCUGUGCUGCCGGCAUCAGUCAGUAGCCGUAGAUGGGACGAGCACCACCCACUGCUGUUGACGAAUGACGCCACUCUCAAUCGUCCUGGAGAUUUCUACUGCGAUCAGUGCGAAACACAAAUGAAUCCCAGGACUUGGAUGUAUCGCUGCCGCAGCUGCGAUAUAUCCUUCCAUCCCAAAUGCUUUCCAACUACAUCCGGCGAGUAUAGAAACAUGAAGUUUGGGCAGGAAUGUCAUGUGGAUGCAGAAACCCAUCCACACCCUCUCACCUUUCAACUUCUCACCACAAAACGCCGCUGUGAUAUUUGUCGUUGCAAUAAGAAUGAAGACCAAGGAUUUUACUGUGCAUUAUGCAACUUCUUCAUUUGUCUCUAUUUAUGCGGUAGAAGAAUGAUCGCAAAAGGGCACUUAAAGGCGGUUGAUUUAGAGAAAUUAUCUGUUUUAGAUUAUUAGUUCGUUCUUUACAUAUUUACGUUGUGCAGUGUUAUGUUUAAUUCAACAAAAGUACUACUUACUAUUUGUUUUACGUUAAAUAUGAAUGUGAAGAAUUUUAUAAUGUAGAGAGUGCUACUUCAAAGUAGAUAGUAUC